AUGCUAAGGGUCGAUGGGAAUGACCGAGUGAAGUGUGCAUCUUACAUGCUGAGAAAAGAUGCUCGUAUCUGGUGGGAGGUGGUGGAACAAACAAAGGAUGUAGAUGCCAUGAACUGGGAUGAUUUCAAAAGGGUCUUUAAUGAGAAGUAUUAUAACUCAACAGUUCUAGCAGCAAAGGUCGAUGAAUUUACUGGAUUAGUCCAAGGGAGUCUUACUGUGACUGAGUAUGCACAAAAAUUUGAUAGAUUGGCGAAAUUCGCUCCAGAUCUGGGGUCAAUUCAGUUAUGCUCAAGUUGUCGAAAUGGCUCUUCGGCUGAGCGGAGUGAAAACAAAAUUUGGAAGGAAAAUGCUGCCAGGAGAGAAUCUAAGAAAGGUGGAGCCAAUUCUAAUGACCACAAGAAACGGGGACAGGACCAGUCUGGGCAGCCAAGUCAAUACAAGAGGUGCAAAAGUGAUAACGAUCAACGAUUUAAUGGCAGCAGUGGGCGAAAUAUUCCAGAAUGCCCUAAAUGUACCAAACGUCAUAUCGGCGAGUGUCGCGCAAAAGCAUGCUACAAAUGUGGAAAAGAAGGACACAUCAAACGCAAUUGCCCACUGUGGGGACAGACUGGGAACAGAGCAGAACCUAAGAAAGAUGACAAGUAUGUUCCAGCCAGAGUUUUUGCCAUCACUCAAGCAGAAGCUGAAGCCAGUCCUUCGGUUGUAUCAGGUCAGAUUCCUAUGGCCAACACCACUUGUAAAGUUUUGUUUGAUUCUGGUGCAACUCAUUCCUUUAUUGCUAGCACAAUUGUUAAUCAUAUAAAUGCACCGAGUGAAUUAUUUACUGUGGGGUUUGGGACCAUGUUACCAUCUGGGGAGGUUGUAAUCUCUAGAAAUUGGCUUAGGGGAAUACCUGUCAGGAUAGAUGGUAGAGAAUUAUUUGUAGACCUGAUUGUAUUAGAUUUAUUUGAUUUUGAUGUAAUCUUGGGCAUGGAUUUUCUUACCAAAUAUGGAGCAUCAAUUGACUGCAAGCAAAAGAAAGUUGUUUUCACACCAGAAGAUGGAGAGACAUUCGAGUUCAGAGGGGUAGGAAAGAAACCUCGCACCCCUAGUAUUUCGGCAAUGAAGGCUGGGCAACUAUUGCAGCGUGGGUGCUUAGGGUAUCUAGUUAAUGUGGUUGAUGACACCAAGAAAAUUGAAAGAAAGCCGGAGGAAACACGGGUAGUUGCUGAGUUUCUUGAUGUAUUUCCAGAGGAGUUACCCGGGUUACCACCACACAGAGAAAUCGAAUUUGUGAUAGAAUUAGUGUCCGGGACGGCACCAGUUUCCCGCGCACCAUAUAGAAUGGCACCAUCUGAAUUGAAAGAACUCAAAAUACAGUUGGAAGAAUUGCUUAAGUUAGGGUUUAUCAGACCUAGCUACUCUCCGUGGGGCGCACCAGUUCUAUUUGUUAAAAAGAAAGACGGUACUAUGAGAAUGUGCAUAGAUUACCGAGAACUGAACACGGUGACUAUAAAGAAUCGGUACCCAUUACCGAGGAUUGACGAUCUGUUUGACCAACUUCAAGGGAAAAAGGUGUUUUCUAAGAUUGAUCUUCGUUCAGGAUACCAUCAGCUAAGAAUCAAAAAUGAAGACAUACCGAAGACAGCCUUCAGAACGAGAUACGGGCAUUACGAGUUCAUGGUGAUGUCAUUUGGACUUACAAAUGCCCCAGCAGCUUUUAUGGACCUCAUGAACCGAGUCUUCAAGGAAUAUCUGGAUCAGUUUGUCAUUGUAUUCAUAGAUGAUAUACUGAUUUAUUCUAAGACAGAGGGGGAACAUGAGGAGCACUUACGCUUGACCUUGCAGCGACUGAGGGAACAUCAAUUGUAUGCCAAGUACAAAAAAUGUGAGUUCUCGUUGUCCGAGGUUUCAUUUUUGGGCCACAUUGUCACUAACGGGGGAAUAAAAGUAGAUCCUGCCAAGGUUGCUGCAGUGAAAGAAUGGCCUAGACCAAAGACCGCCUCAGAGGUUCGAAGCUUUUCGGGUUUAGCAGGCUAUUAUAGAAGGUCUCCACUGCAUUGGGAUGAGUUGGGAGAGAACAAACUCCUAGGGCCAGAUGCGGUUCAGCACACCAACGAAGCUAUUCAGAAGAUCAGGGCUAGAAUGAUCACAGCUCAGAGCAGACAGAAAAUCUUAUGCAGACCUGAAGCGGAGGGACAUUGA